AUGGGGGUGGGCGUUGUCCCCUCAGCGAGGCUAGUUUGGGAAGGGCUCUCCCACCACAGGAUUUUGAUCUGAGAAAAGAAUGAGAGGAAACCAGCUUUGACACCAGAGCCAGGACCAACCCAGGGAAUGGCAAGUGCAGGGGCCCAGAGGACAGCACCUGACUUGGGCGGAGCCAGCACUCCAGGGGAGGUGCCUGGAAGGGACUUCUGGGCGGAGCCUUCUCCCAGUGGAGCUCUGUUCUGUGCUUGCACCCUGCCAGAGGCCCUGGGAAGGAGAGGCCUGUGGCUAGAAACCGUUGUUUGCUUUCAAGAGUCCUGAACUUCUUGGACCUGGAGGUUGUGCCUUGUGGUUACCUGCGUUGAAGACUGUAAUUUUCCACUUGUUCCCUGGAGAACCCGGAAAUCUCCAGAUGUUGUCACCAUUGUUUUUUUAAGUCAGUUUUGAAAUUUCAACUUGGCGGACACGGACUCAGCGUGUGCUUUGCUGUUCAGGGAAGCCCUCCUAGGCUCACCUGUUAGAUGACAGCCCUGGCUGCAAGGCCCACUCCCCUGGCCAGGAGAACCACCAGGGGCUGCAGCACCCUCGGAAAUGGGCCUCUGUGGCCUCGGACUCCUCAGUGACAAUUUUGGCAAGAUCCUGGGCCGGGGCGGAGGGACUGCUGUGUGGAGACCUGGCCGUCCAUGGAAGCCUGACCUGGUUCAUGGGCCUCGGGUGCCUGCACCCCCAGAAUCCCCGCCACCAAGGUCCCAUCUGAUGCCAAGGCUGAAGGAGUCUCGCUCCCACGAGUCCCUGCUCAGCCCCAGCAGCGCGGUGGAGGCGCUGGACCUCAGCAUGGAGGAGGAGGUGGUCAUCAAGCCGGUGCACAGUAGCAUCCUGGGCCAGGACUACUGCUUCGAGGUGACAACAUCAUCGGGAAGCAAGUGCUUUUCCUGCAGGUCGGCAGCAGAGCGGGAUAAGUGGAUGGAGAACCUGCGGCGAGCAGUGCACCCUAACAAGGACAACAGCCGGCGUGUGGAGCACAUCCUGAAGCUGUGGGUGAUUGAGGCCAAGGACCUGCCAGCCAAGAAGAAGUACCUGUGCGAGCUGUGCCUGGACGAUGUGCUCUACGCCCGAACCACAGGCAAGCUCAAGACGGACAAUGUGUUCUGGGGCGAGCACUUCGAGUUCCACAACCUGCCGCCUCUGCGCACGGUCACCGUCCACCUGUACCGGGAGACGGACAAGAAGAAGAAGAAGGAGCGUAACAGCUACCUGGGCCUGGUGAGCCUGCCUGCUGCCUCGGUGGCUGGGCGGCAGUUUGUGGAGAAGUGGUACCCCGUGGUGACGCCCAACCCCAAGGGCGGCAAGGGGCCAGGGCCCAUGAUCCGCAUCAAGGCACGCUACCAGACCAUCACCAUCCUGCCCAUGGAGAUGUACAAAGAGUUUGCCGAGCACAUCACCAACCACUACCUGGGGCUGUGCGCAGCCCUGGAGCCCAUCCUCAGCGCCAAGACGAAGGAAGAGAUGGCGUCUGCCCUGGUGCACAUCUUGCAGAGCACGGGCAAGGUGAAGGAUUUCCUGACAGACCUAAUGAUGUCAGAAGUGGACCGCUGCGGGGACAACGAGCACCUCAUCUUCCGGGAGAACACACUGGCCACCAAGGCCAUCGAGGAGUACCUCAAGCUGGUGGGCCAGAAGUACUUGCAGGAUGCACUAGGUGAGUUCAUCAAAGCUCUAUAUGAGUCGGAUGAGAACUGUGAAGUGGACCCAAGCAAGUGCUCAGCCGCUGACCUCCCUGAGCACCAGGGCAACCUCAAGAUGUGCUGUGAACUGGCCUUCUGCAAGAUCAUCAACUCCUACUGCGUCUUCCCACGCGAGCUGAAAGAGGUGUUUGCCUCCUGGCGACAAGAGUGCAGCAACCGAGGCCGGCCCGACAUCAGCGAGCGGCUCAUCAGCGCCUCCCUCUUUCUGCGCUUCCUCUGUCCAGCCAUCAUGUCGCCCUCCCUGUUCAGCCUGCUGCAGGAGUACCCCGAUGACCGCACCGCCCGCACCCUCACCCUCAUUGCCAAGGUCACUCAGAACCUGGCCAACUUCGCCAAGUUUGGCAGCAAAGAAGAGUACAUGUCAUUCAUGAACCAGUUCCUGGAGCAUGAGUGGACCAACAUGCAGCGCUUCCUGCUGGAGAUCUCCAACCCCGAGACCAUCUCCAACACAGCCGGCUUCGAGGGCUACAUUGACCUGGGCCGUGAACUCUCUAGCCUGCACUCACUGCUCUGGGAGGCUGUCAGCCAGCUAGAGCAGAAUAUUGUAUCCAAACUGGGCCCCCUGCCUCGGAUCCUGAGGGAUGUCCACACGGCACUGAGCACCCCAGGCAGCGGGCCACUCCCAGGGACCAACGAUCUGGCCUCCACACCGGGCUCUGGCAGCAGCAGCAUCUCUGCUGGGCUGCAGAAGAUGGUGAUCGAGAACGAUCUCUCUGGUCUGAUAGAUUUCACCCGGUUACCGUCUCCAACCCCCGAAAACAAGGACUUGUUUUUUGUCACAAGGUCCUCCGGGGUCCAGCCCUCACCUGCCCGCAGCUCGAGCUACUCGGAAGCCAACGAGCCUGAUCUCCAGAUGGCCAACGGCGGCAAGAGCCUGUCCAUGGUGGACCUCCAAGACGCCCGUGUGCUGGACGGGGAGGCGGGCUCCCCAGCGGGCCCCGACGUCCUUCCCCCUGACGGGCAGGCCCCUGCAGCUCAGCUGGUGGCUGGAUGGCCAUCCCGGGCAGCACCAGUGAGCCUGGCAGGCCUGGCCACCGUGCGGCGGGCAGGCCAGACACCAACUACGCCAGGCACCUCCGAGGGCGCACCGGGCCGGCCCCAGCUGUUGGCACCACUCUCCUUCCAGAACCCCGUGUACCAGAUGGCGGCCGGCCUGCCGUUGUCCCCCCGCGGCCUUGGAGACUCAGGCUCUGAGGGCCAUAGCUCCCUGAGCUCUCACAGCAACAGUGAAGAGCUGGCAGCUGCUGCCAAGCUGGGAAGUUUCAGCACUGCUGCAGAGGAGCUGGUGCGGCGGCCUGGUGAGCUGGCGCGGCGGCAGAUGUCACUGACUGAGAAGGGUGGGCAGCCCACGGUGCCUCGGCAGAACAGUGCUGGUCCCCAACGGAGGAUCGACCAGCCGCCGCCUCCACCGCCGCCACCACCUCCUGCCCCCCGGGGCCGGACACCCCCUACCCUGCUGAGCACUCUACAGUACCCACGACCCUCCAGUGGAACCCUAGCAUCAGCCUCGCCCGAUUGGGCUGGCCCUGGGGCCCGGCUGCGGCAGCAGUCCUCCUCCUCCAAGGGAGACAGCCCCGAGCUGAAGCCACGCACGGUGCACAAGCAGGGCCCUUCACCUGUGAGCCCCAAUGCCCUGGACCGCACAGCCGCUUGGCUCUUGACCAUGAACGCGCAGUUGUUAGAAGACGAGGGCCUGGGCCCAGACCCCCCCCACAGGGAUAGGCUCAGGAGUAAGGAGGAGCUCAGCCAAGCAGAAAAGGACCUGGCGGUGCUGCAGGACAAGCUGCGAAUCUCCACUAAGAAGCUGGAGGAGUAUGAGACCCUGUUCAAGUGCCAAGAGGAGACGACGCAGAAGCUGGUGCUGGAGUACCAGGCCCGGCUGGAGGAGGGCGAGGAGCGGCUGCGGCGGCAGCAAGAGGACAAGGACAUCCAGAUGAAGGGCAUCAUCAGCAGGUUGAUGUCCGUGGAGGAGGAGCUGAAGAAGGACCAUGCAGAGAUGCAAGCAGCUGUCGACUCUAAGCAGAAGAUCAUCGAUGCCCAGGAGAAGCGCAUCGCCUCCUUGGACGCCGCCAAUGCCCGCCUCAUGAGUGCCCUGACUCAGCUGAAAGAGAGGUACAGCAUGCAAGCCCGUAACGGCAUCUCCCCCACCAACCCCACCAAAUUGCAGAUUACUGAGAACGGCGAGUUCAGAAACAGCAGCAAUUGUUAACCUGCCCAAGGAGAGGGGGACUGCGCUGGCCCAGGGCAGGGUCUCAGCCGGGGAGGCGCCCCACAGUGGCAGCCCCAGCGCAGGUGACCAGAGGCUGAGGUGCUCCCCUUCCCCACCUGGUGUCCGCUGUCCGCUGUCCAGGAGGCGGCCGCAGAGGGAGCUGGAGAGACUGCUGCUGCAGCGCGGGGCGGGUGCCCAACACGCCUGCUCCUCCGCCCAGGAAGCGUGUGCGCUGUGGGCAGAAGAGACUGCACGCUGGGCGUGGGCAGCCUGGUGGGAGGGAGGGGUCCCGCCACGCUCAUGUCUGGUCGUUGAAUUUGGUGUGUCACCUCCUCUGCCUUGACCUGGCCAAGUGCAUGUACCCCCUCUUGGUGGCAGAGGGAGCUGCCUGCAGUCUUGAUGGGGAGGCCCGGGGCCACCUCUGUGGCUUCCCCUGGCCCCUGAGGCUAGAAGCUGGUGAGUGGUUGGAAUGCAGGAGACAGUGGGGGGACACAAAAGCAGGGUUCUGUGUGUCCUGCCCUGAGACCUGCACUGCAUGCAGCCCCCUGGGGCCCUUGUGGCUGUGAGGAGCCGAGGGUCACCUGCUCCUAUAACUGUGCCGGCCUCAGCCCUCCACCUCCGUCCCACCCUUCUUUGCAUUGCCAAGUAAACCAGUGAGGAUUGUGGCUUUUCUUCUGGGCCCCGCCAACCUAUAGGCAGGACUACAGCCUCCCCCACUUGCCACCUGGGCCCCGCUGACAGCCUGGGGCUCCCAGAGCCAAAACGUUGGGCAGAGCUGGCCAGGUGGCACUCUGCAUUGUAGCUGCCUGCCCUGGGCCCCAUGCAUCCAGGGCACAGUGGCCCUGUGGGGAGUGGCGAGCUGGUGCUCUCCCCAAAGAGGUGGUCUUUCCUGUGAUGGAAAAUCUGGAAAAGAAAAGAAAAAUUCAGGCGCCCGCAGGCCCUGGGAAGGUGGAUAACUGUGAUUUUUUUUCCUUUCACAGUAUGCAUUAGAAACAAAAGCCCGCUUGCUCGCUUGCUGGAACACAGGGGCCUUUUAAAUUGAGCGUGCGCACUGCAUGGGAAAUAGCGGCCCUGGAGGAUGUUAGACUUGCUCCCUCUCCAAGACAGCAGCAGCCUGCACCAGGCCCCGUGUGUGCAGCCGCCUCCUCCUCACCCUUCCCAGCCCCCAGCCAAGGACCAGGCGCUGCAGACAGGGGAGGGGCACCCCACAGCGGGGGCUGGCUUUCCUCAGCUCCAGGCUGUUCUGUAGCAUAUCUGCCCCUCCCCGCUUGUGGGACCUAGGUGGGGAAGAGCUUGGGUCUCUCCCAGCCCCUUGUAGUCCCAUGCCCUACAGAUUCCAAGCCCUGGCCCUGGGUCACCUAGGGCAGGAGCUGGGGCCUUUCUUUGCCCAGGCCGCAGAGCCAGGGCUGGGUGAGCUACAAGAGCUGCCACCUCUACCUCUGGGGCCGGCAGGUGCCAGAGCCCCCUCCAGAAGGGUACAAGUGCUAGAAGGAAGGCCCAGAGCCACACUGUACCCCGUCUUGGGCCUGAGGACAGGCGAUAGCAGCUGCCCUGUGAAGGGCUGUUAGACGUAGCCUACAGUCCAGUUAGGCUAGAGACAGGAGCUGCUGGGGAGCCUGGGCCACCACGGGUCAGCGGCCUGAGGAGGGAAGGAGGUAGGGCUGGGGCUCUGCCGCCACCACCCUCGUGCCCGCUCCCGCCCUCCUCUUGCACCUGCGUGCUCAGUCCAGUGGCCACAAAGGCAGGGCCUGGCUGCAGUUGUAGCCUCCUCUGGUCAGCAUCAUCCUCCCGGGAGCCCUGCUCCUUCCUUCCAGCCCUCCCACUGAUGCCUGGUAGAGCGACCUUGGACUGAGCGCCUCUUAGCAAUACGGGGAGGUCCCCAGGGCCGGGGCAGCAGGGUGUGGGGACCAGCCGCUGUGGUGGUGCUGGCUGCCCUCGGCAGGGGUUGUGAGCUCUCAGGCCGAGAGCCUUAUUUACCUAGUGCAAAAACUGUAAAAGUGUACAGACUCUUCACAAAUUUUUAUCUUAAUUGCAAGUCUGACGAUUUUUGUAAAUGUACUUGGUGUUUGACUGUAAUGUAACUAUUUCACCCAAGGGUUGUACAUAGUCCUUUAGUCCUGGUGCUGCGAGGGCUUACUGGGACCGCUGCUCUCCCGACGGUUUGUAUUGUAGUUUGUAACCU